GGACAUGUGGUGACUGAGUAAGAGUCGGGCGACGACUGUAUUCAGUGUCCAUUCCAUGGCUGGAGGUUUGGCGGAGACGGACAGUGCAAACGCAUACCUAAUCUCAACCAGUCUGAGUUAAAUACAGUGAAAGCUGUGGUAAAGAAAUGGCAGACAAUAGAGAGGAAUGAAUUGAUAUAUGUUUGGCACCACUCGGAGGAUAAGGACCCCAAUCACUACCCCCAGGAUUUUCUCGGAAAAAACUAUCACAAUCUAUCAUUGAUAGGGAGUUUUCUCAGACUUGUGCAUUGUAACUAUCAGAUUAUAAUGGAGAAUGCGUCCGACCUACAGCACUUUCAUUACGUACAUCAGGAGCUCAUACCACACAUAACUAGUCUAAAAUUUUUAUUUGAUAGCUCUGAUGGCACAGAGACGGAGCAUACAAUCACAAGUAAAAUGACCAUAUAUUUCCUCGGCGUGGAGUUGGUCACUGUACCCAUUAAACUGUGUCACGUGUCACCAGUGACUGAACUCCUAUACAUUGGCACAGAGGACUUAAUGUUGGGCCCUAUUGAUUCGGAUGCUGUUAUAAUGGUUAAUUCUCUAAAACUUCAGCGCUCGAUAUUGACUCGCAAUGACGAGGCAAUGGUCAGGUGGCGGCGCUUUUGUCAAAAGUUUUACACUAAAAAAUUGGUUUCGUCU